UCAUCAUCAUCCUCCUCCCCAUUUUUUCUCUCCUCAUUUCUCUCCCCACCACAAAGCCGAUCUCUCUCACAACUUCUCCAACUCCUUCCACUGAUUUUCGUCUCUUUGUUUCUCUUCUACCCCUUUUGAUUUCAGCAGAGAAACUGAUAAUCCCCUUAUUUAACGGUGGAUGGAAUGACUGAUUAUAGACCUUUUACCAAGAUGAAUCUUUGGGCCAACCCUACUGGUUUGUCUGCCGACGAUACUACCUCAAUGAUGGAGGCUUUCAUGGAUAAUCCUGCCUCCUUAUGGCCGCCUCAUCAGUCAUCAUCCACUCUUCACUACAAUCACUUCCCAUCUUCCUCCUCUGCUUCCACCGUUACCACCAAUAUGGACUCUACUUGCUCCAAAUUAGUCGAAAACAACCCGCCCGCUCCACCCAUGCCUUUCAACCCUGAAACCCUCCAGCAGCGCCUUCAGACCUUGAUUGAAGGUUCCCCCAAUAGCUGGACUUACGCCAUCUUCUGGCAGUCUUCCGUUUCCGAAUACGGCGCUCCCACCAUGCUGGCCUGGGGUGACGGGUACUGUACCGGGGAGGAAGAUAAAGGGAAACGGCAGAACCCCUCUUCUUCUCCGGCUUGGUUAGCCGAGCAGGAACACCGGAAAAAGGUUCUCCGGGAGCUCAAUUCCAUGGUUUCCGGCUCUCAGUGCUCCGGCGAGGACGUUGUGGAUGAGGAGGUCACUGAUACCGAGUGGUUCUUCCUCCUCUCCAUGACUCAAUCGUUUAUGAGCGGAAGCGGACUUCUGGGUCAGGCUCUGUGUAGCCCGAACCCGAUUUGGAUCACCGGAGCCGACCGGCUGGCGAGCUUUCCCUGUGUACGGGCCCAGCAGGCUCAGCAGUUUGGGAUUCAUACUAUGGUUUGCAUACCCUUAACAAACGGCGUCGUUGAGUUGGGGUCCACGGAAUUGAUCUUUCAGAGCUCUGACAUGAUAAACAAGGUUAGGGCGUUUUUCAAUUUUAAUGGCAUGGACAUGGGUACGGGCUCGGGUUCUUGGCCCGUUCAACCCGAGAGCGACCCGUCGGCACUCUGGCUGACCGAUCCUAAUCCUACUCCUGUUGGGGCUGGUAAAGAGGGUAUCAGUUCUUUGAAUCCGGAUGGAGCUUCAACUCCAUCGGUUAGUAAUAAGCAAGUUGUGUUUGGAAAUGAUAAUACUCGAAGUUGUAGUACUUUGUCUGAAAAUCCUGGUUCAAUCCAUGGGAAUAAUAAUUCAUCUCAGCAGGGCCCUGGGGGUUUUUUUGCUCGGGAGUUGAAUUUUUCAGAGUAUGCCUUUGAGGGUAGUAGUGUUAGAGGUGGAAGUUGUAAGCCUGAAUCGGGUGAAAUAUUGAGUUUUGGGGGUGAUAGUGCUAAGAAGAAGAAUUCUUCAGGUAUGAAUGACAACUUGUUUUCGGGUCAAUCACAGUUUGGGAUUGUUGAGGAGAACAAGAGCAAGAAGAGAUCACCUGUGUCAAGGGGAAGCAACAACGACGAAGGAAUGAUGUCUUUUACUUCUGGUGUGAUUUUGCCCAGUACUGGCGUUGUGAAGUCCAGCGCUGGGGAUUCGGAUCAUUCUGAUCUAGAGGCGUCGGUGGUGAAGGAGGUUGAUAGCUGUAGAGUUGUGGAGCCUGAGAAGAAGCCGAGGAAGCGGGGUAGGAAGCCUGCAAAUGGAAGGGAAGAGCCAUUGAAUCAUGUUGAGGCUGAGAGGCAGAGGAGGGAGAAGUUGAAUCAGAGGUUUUAUGCUCUCAGAGCUGUGGUUCCAAACGUUUCGAAGAUGGACAAAGCAUCCCUUCUUGGGGAUGCAAUUUCUUACAUCAAUGAGUUGAAAUCCAAGCUUCAUAAUGUGGAGUCUGAUAGAGAAGACUUGAGGAGUCAAGUGGAGUCCUUGAGGAAGGAAUUGGCCAGCAAAGAAUCCAAGCAUUUCACACCCGCUCAUGUGGACCUCAAGAAUGGAAGCAAUCAGGGAAGCCGAAUCUUGAAUAUGGAUAUAGAGAUUACGAUGAGUAACUGGGAAGCAGUUGUUCGAGUACAAUCAAAUAAAAACAACCACCCAGCUGCCAGAGUAAUGGGAGCCUUCAAGGAUUUAGACCUGGAAGUAAUCCAUGCCAGUGUAUCAGUGGUGAAUGACCUGAUGAUCCAGCUAAGUACAGUAAGGAUGGGGAGCCGGUUUUACACGGCAGAGCAACUUAAGAUAGCUUUGACAGCCAGGAUUGCUGAAAGUCGAUGAAGUUUGGAGAUCUUUUUGAUCACCAAAAUCUAGUUUGAGUUUCAUUGACAUUGAUCUUUUGAGGCUCUGGGAAAUUUUAAGGCUCCCAGUUCUGUAAACUAUUCCCUUAUCAACAUGUGCUAUAUGAAUUUUGUUAGUAUAGUUUGUGAAUUCUGAGGUUAGCUGAGGUUUCGGCUUUCCAUCUGAUUAUUUUUUUUUCUUGGAUUUUCUGAAUAGCUUGUAGGUCUGUGAAUAUAAAUGUGCAGUAAAAAAUAAUUCUAUCAAGCUCUCAGUUCGUUUGUGUUUGUUCAAUAUGAAUCUGACUGUUGUUUUAUGGCACGCCUCCAUUGACCUUUCUGUCAGGUGCUGCUGCAAGGCAUUUGAUAAUUUGUACUUUUCAAUGUCUGCGCAUCGGAUGAGUUUCCUGAGGCAUUCCCAACUUGAAAUGUUGUCUGAAUAUUUUCCUGGCCUCUAUAUCUCUUAUUUGUACCCAAUUUUUUGAUGGUCUAAUCAAUAUCAUCCAAAUUCAACACAAUAGUACAUCAUAGAAUAUAGUUAUUUCCUGUUGGUUUUCGGCAUUAUUUGCAUUUGUAUUUACUCCACAAUGAAACUCAAAACAUGAAGAAAUAGCUGUGAAGAACAAUCUGAGAAACUUGAAGCUCCCAAGCCCCAAUGGAUCAGUGUACUUUGCCCCCACUUAUUUCUUUGGAGACGAGCUUUACUUAUAGGUCCAAAAGUUUGGACGGUGGGAUUUAUUAUCUGGUGUAUUGACAUCUAUUUCGUGGAUGGCCUAAAGAAACAUAUAAAAUUACUGCAAAAGUUAUCACGGUCACUUUUUGGGGGGUUUGACUUGAACAAAGUGAUUCUGAGAGAUGGAGAGGCCAAACGGAAUCCUGCUGUUUCGAUGGCCAAAGAAGUGCAUUGUUUCAGGAUGAAUCACCGUCUCAAGAAUAUACCGCGGUAACAAUAUUUUUCUUUUCUUUUAUGUGAUUAAAAUUUAGUUAUUACUACUUCACAAGGAUAUAAAGCUAACCCUACUAGUGCAACCUUUUUCUCUUUGGUCUUAUUGAGGCUUGUGGCAGAUGUUUCUGUUCGUGUUUUGGGUCAAACAUAAAGUAUCAGUACUAUGUGUUUUUUUUUUUUUUGAAACUCC